AUGGAAAUCACUACUACCGUGCCACUUAUCAUCGAUGGCGAGAACGUUGUCCUUGCUUCCCGCGAGAGAUGGGCGGCAAUCCCCAAUCUCAAUAAAUCCACCCCUUCCUUUUUCCAAGGUGCGACAAAGGAAAUGGCGAUCCAAGCUGUAGAAUCCAGCGCACGUGCUUUCACAGCAUGGUCCAAGACAACACCAGUCAAGCGACGCGAACUCCUCCUGAGACUUGCCGAGGUCUUGAGAAACAGAGCAGAUGAGAUCAAGCAAAUCUGUGCGGAAGAAGUCCACAGCGGCCCAUUUUGGGCCGAUAUUAUCACGAAUGACAGCAUCGGCAUCAUCGAGGAGUGUGCAGCCCUCACUACCCCGAUGACUACCGGGUCGAUCCCUUUCACAAAGGGAGAGUCUUAUGGAUUUGUUUUCAAAGAGCCUCUUGGAGUUAUCCUGGGUAUUGCUCCAUGGAAUGCUCCGGUCAUUUUGGGCUUCCGUGCAGUCAUUGCGCCUAUUGCCGCGGGCAAUGUUGCUAUCCUCAAAGGAUCUGAACUUAGUCCUCGAGUUCAUUAUUUUGUGGCGUCACUGUUUCGGGAAGCUGGAUUCCCUCCAGGUGUGGUGAAUUUCCUACUUCAUCGCCCAGAGGAUGCUUCCGAGGUCUUCAACGCUUUGAUCACACACCGCGCGGUUAAAAAAUGCAACUUUACAGGCUCCACGCAGGUGGGCCGCAUCAUCGCCAGUCAAGCGGCAAUGGCACUCAAGCCAGUCUUGCUGGAACUAGGGGGCAAGAAUUUCACCAUUGUGCUGGAGGAUGCCAAUUUGGAUUUGGCAGCCCAAGAAAUUGUCAAGGGCGCAUUUUUGAAUAAUGGCCAGAUCUGCAUGUCCACGGAUAUGGUCAUCACCUCACGUGCCUUGGCUCCUACUCUGGAAGCCAAGAUCCUCUCCUUGGUGCAAAAGAUCGACCGCGCCUCUACAGUCAUCUCGCCGGCUGCCAAAUCUAAGCUGGAGAUGCUCGUGGCGGAUGCCCAAGCCAAGGGGGCGAAGAUUCAUACCGCCCCGAUUCCGUCCACCCCACUUUCGCCCCAGGACUUUGUCCCGACUGUCAUUACAGGCCUCACCAAAGAAAUGGUCUUCUAUGAGACAGAAUCGUUCGGGCCCAUUGUCGGCAUUGUAACGGUUGAGUCUGAAGCCCAGAUCAUUGAGAUCGCUGAGCAGGCCACUUACGGUCUAUCGGCCUCCAUCAUCUCCAGUAACCAUUAUCGCGCGCUCAAGUUGUCUGAGUCUAUCAAGGCGGGAGCUAUUCACGUCAACUCGAUGACUGUGCAUGAUGAGCCAACUCUGCCCCACGGAGGACAUGGGGAAAGUGGCUGGGGUCGGUUUGGGUCUCGGUGGGGUAUGGAGGAGUUCAUGCAAACCAAGACUGUCACAUUACAUCCAUAG